GUCAGGGGCAUUCUAUUAACUGCACGUCGUAUCUGCUGCCUGACAUGGGCAUGUCUGGAAUACUAUCGCAGCCAAUGGUCAUCAGUCACCCCGGCUCAUCUCGAAAGCCCCUUCCGUUGGGGCGCUGGUUAUGAGAAACCGUGGCGUCAGAAUCCCCGGGGAACUCUGUACCAACCACAACCCAUAGGACCGGCUUGUUGGAUGGAGGAGCAGCGAGUUAUGCGUGGGUUCUGGAGAUUGCAGCUUCUGUUCGAAGUAAAUAUCGCACUUUCUGAAGGCCGCUUGGACUGGACACUGAAAGACAGCCAACGAGAAAUUACGCCUGACGUUCUUUUCCAAGGCUGGACCUGGCAGAGGGAGGAGUUCCUCACCGUUGUGGACUUUGUCGAUUAUAUCCAAGGUGGCCUUAUUCUUUCCUCAGACUCUCAGUGUCUCCCAGUGCCUCCUAAGGGCUAUGGUUCUGCAGAGAAGUGGCCAGACCCAGUUUUUCCAGGAGUGAUAGACCCCAGAUGGUUACGAGAGGAAAUAUCAAGGCUCCAACCGCCGUCUUGGAUGUUCUACAUGGCUCACAUCGUGAGAAAUCCGUUGUCGCCGAUCCGUGGAGUACCUUUCUGGCCUUACCGUCAAUUGGGAGUUACAAUUUGGGAAGAGGAUAAACUAGAAGCCCUGGAAAUUUUGUCGUAUAAACCACAUGCCUCCAAGGCACGUAGUGGACCCACGUCAACGAGCGACCGAAUCUUCACCUGGAGAAGUCUCUUGAGCCCCGAGCUCAUCGCAAAGCUACAAAUGGACAUGGAAGAGGACUUUCAGACGAAUGGGUUCCGAUUCCCAGAUAGGUAA